GCGAGUUUGGAUCCUGGAAUCAUGAGCGGGUGCCCCUUCGCGGGGAAUAAUUACCUAUUUAAUUUUAACAAGCUAUCUUUGGAAGAUGAAAAAGAUGACAAAUCACAGGAAGGGAUAAAUAAAGCCAGCAAAGGUGGACUUGUCUAUGGAGACUACCUACAACUGAACAAAAUAUUGAAUGCUCAAGAACUUCAGAGUGAGAAGAAAGGAAACAAAAUCCAUGAUGAGCAUCUUUUCAUUGUGACGCACCAAGCUUAUGAACUUUGGUUUAAGCAGAUUCUGUGGGAAAUGGACUCUGUGCGGGUGAUCUUUCAGAAUGGCCAUGUAAGAGAUGAGAGGAACAUGCUGAAGGUUAUUACUCGAAUGAACAGAAUUUCAAUGAUUCUGAAAUUACUUGUGGAACAGUUCUCAGUUUUGGAAACUAUGACUGCAUUGGAUUUCUUUGAUUUCAGAUACUACCUAAGCCCAGCCUCAGGUUUUCAAAGCCUGCAGUUUCGCUUGCUAGAGAACAAAAUUGGUGUUCCCCAAAGUCUGAGAGUCCCCUAUAACAGAAGGCAUUAUCGUGACAACUUCAAGGGACAGGAUUAUGAACUACUGCUUAAAUCAGAGCAAGAACCAACGCUACUGCAACUUGUGGAGGCAUGGCUGGAAAGAACUCCAGGACUCGACGCAGAAGGAUUUGAUUUCUGGGGACAGUUUGAAGUGAAUGUUUUAAAAGGUCUUGAAGAGGAAUUUGCCUUGGUGCAGGCCAAGCCAGAAUCAGAAGAAAAAGAUGACUUAUUAUGUGAAUUCCAGAAACAGAAAGAUGUAUUACUUUCGUUAUUUGAUGAAAAACGCCAUGAACACCUGCUUAGUAAAGGAGAAAGACGACUGUCUUAUAAAGCACUGAAGGGUGCCUUAAUGAUCUACUUCUACAGGGAAGAGCCUCGUUUUCAGGUUCCCUUUCAGCUUCUUACCUCCCUUAUGGAUAUUGAUGUGCUCAUGACCAAAUGGAGAUAUAACCACGUCUGCAUGGUGCACAGAAUGAUUGGCAGCAAGGCUGGCACUGGAGGCUCAUCAGGCUACCAGUAUUUGCGCUCCACAGUGAGUGACAGAUACAAGGUGUUUGUGGAUUUGUUCAAUCUUUCAACAUUUCUAGUGCCAAGACACUGGAUACCAAAGAUGAACCCAACCAUUCAUAAAUUCCUUUAUACGGCAGAAUACUGUGACAGCUCCUAUUUUAGCAGCGAUGACUCUGACUAG